AUGAGCCCUACAUCCAGAUACCGUGUUGACAGGGCCGAUAGCGAGUCGGACAGCGAGAGGCUUUCCUCAUCGCCGUGGUCCGUACUCAGCGACAAUGAUAGCAAUACCUCAGACGAACGCGGCCCAAGAGCUGGCCCUGGCUCACUUGAACCAAUUGCUAUCAUUGGCAUGGGAUGUCGACUCUCAGGAAGUGCAACAGACGUUUCAGGGCUAUGGGAAAUGUUGAAAGCCGGUCGCUUAGGAUGGACGCCAGGGCCUGGGACACGGUUCAACAUGAAGGCCUUCCAGGAGCCAACAGGAACCAGAUCCGGGACGACAAAUGCUACCGGAGGACACUUUAUUCGAGAGGACCUUGGUGCGUUCGAUGCGACCUUCUUCGGUGUCAACCCAGUUGAGGCACAGGCGAUGGAUCCCCAACAACGCCUUAUGCUCGAGGUCGCCUACGAAUCCUUUGAAAAUGCCGGAAUCACAAUGGACUCGCUGUGGGGAUCAAAUACUGGAGUAUACGUUGGCCAAUGGACGUCAGAUUAUCACGAAAUCGUCACUCGAGAUGUUGAGAAACCUCCACUAUACCUUGUUACCGGCACGGGCCCUGCGAUCACAUCCAACCGAGUUUCAUACGUCUUCAACUUGCGCGGGCCAAGCUUCACAAUGGACACUGGAUGUUCGUCAAGCUUAGUCGCGCUACACCAAGCCGUCCUCAGUUUACGAAACGGCGAAACCACACAAUGCUUUGUUGGAGGUGUAAAUCUGCUUCUAGACCCUCAACGAUUUCACUACCAAAGCAAAUUGAAGAUGUUUUCGAAAGAUGGACGUUCUUUUCCGUUUGAUGCCCGCGCCAAUGGGUACGGACGAGGCGAAGGAGUUACUGGAGUCGUGUUGAAGCCGUUAUCUGCUGCCCUGCGCGAUGGCGACCCCAUUCGAGCAGUAAUCAAGAACAGUGUGCUAAACCAAGAUGGCCGGACGCCUGGAAUCAGUGUGCCGAGCUCCGUCGCCCAGAAAGAGGCCAUCAUUCGGGCCUACAGGCAGGCCAAGCUCGACUUGUACGCCGACUACGUGGAAGCGCACGGCACUGGAACUAAGGUGGGAGACCCGCUGGAAACCAGUGCAAUUGCGGCGGCUUUGACGCACAAGAGGUCGCCUUCUCGUCCUUUGCCUAUCGGUUCUAUAAAGGGAAAUAUUGGUCACACAGAAAGUGCCGCUGGACUUGCUGGACUAAUCAAGUCUGUUCUGAUGCUGGAGAAUGGCAUGAUCCCGCCUCAGGUGAACUACGAAACGACGAACCCCGAUAUCCCUCUUGAGAAGUGGAACUUGCGAAUCCCCACUAAGCUCGAGAGACACACUCUGCGCCGCAUUUCUCUUAAUAGUUUUGGGUAUGGCGGAACAAAUGCCCACGUAAUUAUCGAUGCGGCUCAUGAGGCAAUCUCUGCUUUCGGUCGCCCGUCUUUGAGCAGCUCCAUGCAGCUUACUUACCACUCUGAGAAACCCCGAGCAUUUAUGGUCAGCGGCGCAAGCGAGAAGGCUUGCCAAAGAAUAUGCGCCCGGUUGGCGAAAUACCUUAUCGUCAACCACAGAAACUCCAUCAACCCCGACGCAUUGCUUGCUCGCCUCGCGCACACCCUGGCCAAACAGUCGGUGCAUGCUUUCCGCGUCGUAUUCGUUGCAUCAGAAAUAGACGAUCUUAUUAACCAGCUGAACAAUGCCUCCCACUCUGCUAUUCCUCGACGGGAGAAAAUUGGACAACCCCGCAUUGCUCUGAUCUUCAGUGGUCAGGGUGCGCAAUACGCUGAGAUGGGCCGUGAUCUGCUCAAGAGCUAUCCUUCUUUCGUUCGAUCGCUCGAGCGAGCACGUCAACAAUUAUCCAGGCUCGGCUGUACGUGGGAUCUUCUCAGCGAACUCUGUCGACCAAAGGCCGACUCUCGGGUAAACGAGCCGGCCUUCUCCCAGCCCAUGUGCACGGCGAUUCAGUUGGCCCUGGUGGACCUCUUGAAUGAGUUUGGCGUGUCGCCCUCGGCUGUUCUCGGCCACUCCAGUGGUGAAAUCGGCGCGGCUUAUGCUGCCGGUGCACUGUCUUUCAGAGAUGCGAUCACCGUAGCAUAUUACCGUGGACGACUGGCCAGCGAACUCCUCGCUGAAAAUAAAUACCCAGGAGCUAUGAUUGCAGUUGGCGCGUCACCCAACGUUGCGCAAGACCAUAUUGACAAGUUGGGCUCGGAUGUUGGACGCAUGCGUGUUGCUUGCUUCAACAGCCCGUCGAGCGUCACGGUUUCAGGCGAUCUUUCCGCCAUUGAUCGCCUGAAGGAGGUCCUGGACGCGGAAGGCUUAUUCAACCGCAAACUCAUGACCCAUGGUGCCGCUUACCACUCUCAUCAGAUGGAGCUUAUUGAGGAGAAGUACAUCGCCGCAUUGAAAGGUCUGAAGGCCAAGUCCAUCGGCUCGUCCGUCCGCAUGUUCAGUUCUGUCACCAGUAAGGAACUCGAUGAAGAUACCAUCCUCGAUGGGGGUUACUGGGCGCGAAACCUGGUUAGUCCGGUUCUCUUUUCACAGGCACUACGUGCUCUGUGCGAGCAGGAAUACAAUGGUCUCCCCAUUGAUACGAUUGUGGAGGUUGGACCUCAUUCUCAACUUGGAGGCCCUGUGAACCAAAUCCUGAAGACAAUACCGGGUCCCCACGGCCAGGCCACAUACACCAACACGCUGAAGCGAGGCGACGACGCGGAGACUGCACUGCUUAGGUGCUUGGGGUUCUUGGUCAUUAAGAACGGCUCGGUCAGUCUCAAUGACCUUAACAAAGACUCCAAGGAUGGCCACAUACAGUCAUUGGUUGACCUGCCGCCAUACUCUUUUGACCAUGACCGUAUCUUCUGGCACGAGACGCGUCUAUCCAGGGACUACAGACACCGCGAACAUCUGCCACAUGAGCUUCUUGGAUCUCUUUCUGCGGAUGUUAAUCGAUUGGAGCCCCGCUGGCGGCGCUUCCUAAGCCUCAAGGAGUCUCCUUGGCUACGCAACCACAUUGUCCAAGGACUCAUCACCUUCCCCGCUGCGGGCUAUAUUACGAUGGCAAUCCAGGCUGCACGCCAACAUGUAAAUGCAACCAGCCCAGGCUCCAAGAUCCAAUACCUCCGUUUCCGUGAUGUUAGCUUCGGCAAGGGCCUUGUCCUCUCCGAUGAGAAUCCCGAUGUGGAGAUCUCGUUGUCUUUGCGCCCACAGGCCCGUACUUCUCGCGAGUCGUCAGGUGUCUGGAAUGAGUUCCGCAUUUUUACCGUGACGCCGGACCAAAAGUGGACUGAGCACUGUCGUGGUCUUAUCCAGGCAGAAAUUGACUCUGUUGAGGGCUUCAAGACUGUGUUCACGCCCAAGGAUAUCUCCCUUAUUGACUCGGAGUGUACCCAUGAAGUCACGCCGCAGAAGUUCUACGCUGUUGGCAAACGUAAUGGUCUUGACUGGCAGCAUCCGUUCAACAACAUGCACCAGAUUCGCAGCAGCAAGGAUUCAUGCGUUGCGACUGCUCGUGUUCCGGAGUACGAAAUGGCUCCAGGUGGGAUGGACGAUUUGCUCCACCCGGCCGUGCUCGAUUCCGCCCUUUUCCACGGCCUCUCGACUGUCAUCUUCCUGGAAGACAACAAGUCAUCUGCCUACGUCCCAACCUUCAUCAAGCAACUCUGGAUAGCGAAUCGUCAGGCCGCCUCGGGUAGCGACCUAAUUUGUUCCACGACGCGACGGAACGAGCCACUCCUCUUUGACCUUCAUACCAAGGAUGCCGAUGAGCGGAUGGCCCUCGUAGCGCAAGGUGUCCGUGUCACAAACUUGGGAGGUGAUAUUGCCGCAGGUGUUGCCAAGAAGGAAGCAUGCCACUCCCAGACCCUUGUCCCCUACGUUGAUGCUUGGACAACGGAACAUCGAGACGAGGUCUGCAAGGCCACUAUCGCGCCGGGCUCUCUCGUUGACACCAACCGUGCUCUAGACGCCAUCACUAUUAACUUCCUCCAGAACACUUUGCGAGAAGUGUCCCCAGGCGACAUCCAAGAAUCCUAUCUCCAACGCUACUUUGACUGGAUGGGUACGCUGAGUGAAGACACCUUUGAAAAGUCACUACUCAGCAAGAAGCCCGAAGAUCUCGGAGUCAUCGGUGAGGCGAUCGGUGUCCUGGGGCCACAUCUUGCGGAUAUUCUCACUGGCAAGACCUCUGCGUUGUCGUUACUCAACUCCAACAACCUUUUGUCUCGCGUUUACACUGAGUGGUGCUCGGCCAGGGUAUACCCGCAAAUGCAGGCCUACUGUCGCGAAUUAGGCCAUUUCAACCCCAAUAUGAAGGUUCUCGAGGUUGGCGCUGGCACAGGAUCUGCCACACUGCCGAUUUUGGAAGCACUAAACGGUAGCGAUAACCAAUAUAUCCAGCGUUAUGACUUCACCGACAUCUCACCCGGUUUCUUCGAACCCGCCAAGGAGCGCCUGGGCGACCUUGCCAAUGUUGUCGAGUUCCGUGUUCUGGAUGCUAGUCGAAAUGUACAAGAGCAGGGCUUCGAGGAAGGUUCCUACGACCUCAUUGUUGCGUGCAAUGUCAUCCAUGCCACUCCCCGGAUUGAUGAGACUCUCCGCAACAUUAGACCCUUGUUGAAGCCUGGAGGCAGGUUCAUGCUAAUGGAAAUCUCCCGAUACACUCUCUUUGGUAACAUGGUCUUUGGCUUGUUCGAAGGCUGGUGGUCUGGCUAUGAUGAGGGUCGCACGCGCUCGCCUCUUCUUACAAACGCCGAGUGGUGCGAGCGUUUGGAGCGCGCUGGCUUUGCUAAUGCAGAGAAGGCUUUUGUUGACUAUCCUCAUGAGGAUGGUGGCAACUUGAGCGUCUUUAUUUCUACCGAUCCCCUCCCUAAGCGAAGCGAGUCGCUACCGAUCCGUCUGCUUACCGAUCCCAGCGCGGCCAUGGCUUCAGAUGAUUCUUUGCAAGCUAUUCAGCAGGCUUGUAGCGAAACGUCCAUUUCUCUCUGUCCCAUUACCUCUCCGUGUCAGUCUGACGGUAUCGUUGUCAUGCUUCCGGAACUUGCGAAGUUGCUAUGCGCUGAGCCCGAUACGAACGUUUGGACUUCUUUCAAGAACUGGAUCUGGGGAGCGCGCGUUGUGCUGUACGUCAGCAACUGUACCAUGGAGAAGCCUUCUGACGCAGAAUCAGGCUUAUGGACUGGCUUUGCCCGCACCAUGCGCCUGGAAUACCCUAAUCUGCGCCAGAUAGUUUUGGACAUCCAGACUCCUGGCGUUCCGGUCAUGGACAAGAUUGCAGAGAUAUUGCCGACAAUAUUGAGCAGCUCGAGCUUUGACCUUGAUCGCCCUGGUAGUGAAGUCGAAAACGAGUUCACAGAACGUAAUGGACAACUGUUCGUGUCGCGCUACGUCUACCGUCCUGACGUCAGCCGCGACGUGGAUCUCACCAGUCGGCAGGCAGCCCCAGAGCUUGUUCCUUUUGUUGGAACCAACCGAACCUUGACUGCGGAGCUUGGAGUUCCGGGUCUUCUGGAGAGCAUCCGCUGGAAGGACGACAUCGAGGGUCCACCUCUUGGGCCUGAUGAUGUUCGCUUCGAGCUUCGAGGUGCGAGCAUUAACUUUAAGGAUGUCUUGAUUGCUGCUGGUCAGCUGGAGGGCAUCACGGAGAUGAGGAAUGACUGCAGCGGUGUGGUGGUCGAGGUUGGAGAGAACAUGAAGGAUCGCUUCAAGCCCGGCGACCGAGUUUGCGCGCUCUACUCUCGCUCUUACACCAAUUACCCCAUUGUGCAUGGUGAUUGCUGCCAGAUCAUACCCGACACUCUGUCCUUUGCUGAAGGAGCAUCCCUUCCCAUUGUUUGGGCCACGGUCCACUUUGGUCUCGUCGACAAGGGCGCUCUCUCGAAGGGCGACAAGAUUCUCAUCCACUCCGCCGCAGGCGCGGUCGGUCAAGCCUCAAUCAUGCUUGCUCAACAUCUCGGUGCUGAGGUAUUUGCUACGGUCGGAAGCGACGCAAAGCGCGACCUCCUCCAUACUAAAUAUGGCGUUCCGCACGACCACAUCUUUUCAAGCCGCACGGCCGCAUUCUACGGCGGAAUCAUGGAAUACACGGGCGGAUAUGGUGUGGACGUUGUUCUGAACUCUCUCAGCGGCGAGAUGUUCCGCGAAUCGUGCAAUGUCCUUGCUUCAUUCGGACGGUUCGUCGAGAUUGGCCGGAAGGACCUGAUGGACGAUGCUCUGAUGCCUAUGGAGUUCCUUCUUCGUAACAUUACGUUCUCCUAUGUUGAUUUGACGGCUAUCAUUGAGCAGAGGAAGCCUCUUGCGAGGCGACUGCUGCGCGAUGUCGCGGACCUCGCUGCCGCUGGCUCUAUCAGGCCAGUGACCAUAACUACGAUGCCCAUUUCUGACAUCGAAACGGCUUUCCGCCAGAUCCAGGCUGGCAAGCACACUGGAAAGAUCAUUCUCACGGUUGAAGAGGAUCAGCAAGUCAAGGCUGUUCCAUCUAUGCCGGCUCAAGCUCAACUUCACGAAGAUCGCUCGUACAUUGUCGUCGGUGGUUUGGGUGGUCUUGGUCGCUGUCUUACCACUUGGCUAGUUGACCAUGGCGCGAAGCACAUCGUGGCCCUAUCGCGCUUCGGCGCGAAGGAUGCAGACAGCCGCGCCUUUGUCGAGGAUAUUCAGCGUCGCGGUGUGAAUCUCAUUACACCUCCAUGCGACGUUGUCUCUCCAGACGAGGUCGCCGCGAUGGCGCAAAAACUCGAACACUCAGGUCUCCCACCAGUCCGCGGAAUCAUCAACUCGGCCAUGGUCCUCCGAGACACGCUCUUCGACGGCAUGACGGUUGAUGACUGGCGCACGGCGCUAUCUUCCAAGGUCCGCGGAUCGCAGAACCUGCACGCGACCUUCAAAUCCCUUGACUUUUUCGUGAUGAUGUCCUCCAUCGUCGCUAUCCGCGGCAACUACGGACAGUCCAACUACAGCGCAGCCUGCAGCUUCCAAGACACAUUCGUCCGACAGAUGGUGCACGCCGGCGAGCCAGGCUUCUCCAUCAACAUCGGACCCAUCCGCGACGUCGGAUACGUCUCCGAGAACCCCGAAGUCGCCGAGGCCCUCCGCCGCAACGGCAUGGGCUCCAUCGGCGUCAGCGACGUUCUCGUCGUCCUCAACCACGCCAUCACGCACGCCCGCGACAACGACCCAACCUCCUGCGUCGCAUCAAUCGGCCUCAUUCCCUCUGACGACGAAGCCGAGAACGGCCGCGACUUUCUAACAACAGAUAGACGCUACGCGCAACUUGUGAAGCACGAGGGCGGAGCCCAGAAGAGCACGGGCGAGUCCGUCGACGCAAUCACGCUGCUCUCCGCCGCGACGCAAAUGGAAGAAGCCGUUGAUAUCGUCACGGAUGCCAUCCUCAACCAGCUAAGCAAACUCAUCGCCACACCGGUCGAAAUGCUCUCUGCCUCCCAGAGCCUGGACAGUUAUGGUGUUGACUCGCUGGUUGCGGUUGAGCUACGCAAUUGGAUCGGCGCGUACCUCCAGGCGAAUGUCCAGCUUAUGGUUAUCCGCGGGACAGGGAGUAUUUCGCAGCUUGCGGGGAUUGUGGCGAAGGAGUCGAGGGUUGUUAAGCUUUAA